AUGACUUACUCCCUUGCAACCGCCGGUCUCUCGUUGUACUCUAUCCCUGCAGCGUACAUCACUGCAUUCUACCCUCAUGUCCUCAAGGUACGGACAAUGUUCGCACAAAUCCAUCGUCUUAUUCAACCUCGCGCGCAGAUGAAGCGCCUUCAGGACAAGAACCCGACUGUCUUCGCCCGUGCUGACCGGAUGUUCAGCGCGCACGCCAAUGGCAACGAGAUAUUCCCACUCUGGGCUGCCGCCGUGCUGGCUGGCAAUCUCGCCGGCCUCGAUCAUGAGACCCUCAACAUUUACGCGCUCACCUUCAUCGGACUUCGACUGCUCUACAACACCAUCUAUAUCAGCGAUUCGCUGAACAGGAUCGCUGGCGGAGGCCUGCGCACCAUCGUCUGGAUUGCUAGCGUCGUGACCCCUCUCGUCAUCCUCUUCAAAUCCGCGAACAAGCUUCCCACCUGA